AUGGCAGUUCCGGGUUACGGGCUGAAUGAAGACCUCUACCGAAUAUUCAAUUCACCCGAAUCAUUGAACGAAUUACCGGAAUUAUUAGGCUAUAUAAAUAAUUAUAAGGUAGGAUUAAGUAACAAGAUUGAUGAAGAAAUUGAACAAUUUAAAAGUACGAGUUCUUCAGAACUUGGUGAUGAUGUAGUAGAAUUAAUUCAAUUAAUGAAACAAGUUCGAGAAAAUGCAUUAGGUACCAAAUCAUUAAUAGAAGGUAUGACUAAAUCAAUUCAAGAUCUUGAUCGAUAUAAAAAGAAUCUUGUAUUAUCUAUGACUAUAUUAAAACGAUUACAAAUGUUAAUUAAUGCUAAUAAUACAUUAAUGAAUAUUAUUCCUACAAGAGAUUAUAAGGAAAUCUUACUGCUUUUAAGUGUAAUAAAAGAAUUACUUAUAUUUUUUAAACCUUAUAAAUCUAUUGAUGAAAUUAAUCAAUUAAAUCUUAUGGUUAUUAAUACUCAAAAUAAAUUAAUUGAUGAUAUAUUUAUAGAUUUUGAAGAAUUUUCUAAAAUUCCUAAUCCUGAUGGUAAAAAAUUAGUAUAUGGAUGUGAAAUUUUGGAAUUAAUAGAUUUAAAAUAUAAGGAUAAAUUACUUAAUUGGUUUUAUAAUAUGCAAUUAAAGGAACUUAAAACUAUCUUUAAUAAUUUGGAUGAAGCAGGAUCUUUAGACAAUUUAAAUAGAAGAUACAUCUAUUUUUCCAAUACUUUAAAAAUAGUCAGAUCAAAGUUUCUUGAUAUAUUCCCAAAGGAAUGGAAUAUCGAUUUAGAAUUAUCAAAACUAUUUUGUAAAUUAACCAAACAAGAUUUAAUUAAUUUAAUAAGUGCAAGUUCUCGAAUUAAUUCCAAACUUUUAUUAGAUAAUUUAACUACUACAUUAGAAUUUGAAAGAUCAAUGAAUGAAACUUUUAAAAAUGAUCAAUUUGAUCAUAUAAUAUCCCUGGUAUUUGAACCUUAUUUAAUUAUAUGGGUUAAUGAUCAAGAAUCCACCUUAAAUUCUAAAUUAAUGGAAUUUAUGGCAAUUUCUCAAUUACCAACUGAAUUUAAUGUACAAACAAAUUCAGAUUUAUUAACUGUAUUAAAAGUUAAUAAUGUUCCAAAUAUUGCUACAUCUUGUACAGAAUUAUUUAAAACUUUUCAAAAGAUUUUAACUCAAAUAUUAAAAUUAAGUAAUGGAGAAAUUUUAGUGGAUUUAAAUAAAUUAUUUGUAAAAUAUUUAUAUGAAUUUCAUAAUAAAAUAUUAUAUCCAUUAGUCCCAAAGAGUGAAGAAGAUUUUACUAGAAGUAGUGGAACUGAUUCAAUAAAGUAUCUUACUAUGUUAUUAAAUACUGGAGAUUAUAUGAUUAAUAAUAUUGAUGAUAUAACAGAAAAAUUUCAAACUUUAAUAAAGGAUGAAUUUAAAAAUAAAUUACCUUUAGCAGAUAAUGUUAAAGAUGUAUAUUAUAAUUUAAUUGCUAAAUCAAUUAAUGGAUUAUUAACAAAAAUUGCUAAUGAUUCUAAAUUUUGUUGGCGAGAAUUUUCAAAUAUUAAUUGGAAUUCAUUAGAAUUUAUUAAUGAUGUUUCAGGUUAUUUAAAUGAUUUAAAACAAAUCUUAGUUGAACAAAAUUUAAGAUUAAUAUUACCAUUAAUUAUUCGAGAUAGUUAUGUUCGGAAUUUUAAUGAUAAAUUAGUUGAAUUAUUACUUAAUUCAUAUGCUGAUAAUCUUAGAUAUGUUAAACCACUAAAUGUAUUAAGUGUUGAACAAUUACUUUUAGAUGUUACAAGUCUUAAAGAUUUAGCAUUGAAUUUCCCUCUUUAUGCUGAUCCAAACUUAGAUGAAACUAAAAGUCAUCAAUCUAAAUCAUAUCAAAAGUUUGUAAACAAUCAAUUCCAUCAAUUAGAAUCGUUAUUAAAAGUUCUUUUAGUUCCUUCAGAACCAAUGGAAGGAUUAAUUGAAAGUUAUUUUGAAUUAAUUGGUGAUAAAUCCAUUCGAAAUUUUAUGAAAGUAUUAAAUUUAAAGGAUAUUGAUAAAGUUAUUCAACAGAAAUAUAUAGACAACUUUAAGAUCCAACUUAAUAUCGAUGAUGGAGGUACAUUAAUAAGUCAUUCAACUUUAUUAUCAAAUCUUGAUGAUGAAGAUGAUGAUCAUCGUGAUCGAGAACGUGAUCGCGACGGCUCUACAAUAUCCACCAUUAAUUCUCCAACUCCCGAAUUUAAAUCACCAAAAAUUUUACCAACAAAGAUGAAUAAUCUUGAAAAGAAUCUUCGAGAAUUAGCUAUUAAUGGAGAAACACACGUGAGUAAAUUCAAUGAAAACUUUAAGAAUUUUGGUAAGUUCUUUAGGAAAGAUAACAUUGACUAA